AGAAAUUAAUUAACGAAAGAUAUCUAUUUCGAACAAUAUAGCAUUCAAUAAAAUUAACACGUCUGAUAAACAUAAAUCCUGCACUCGCACCAGACUAGCAACAGUAUUUUCUCAAUCAGAUUUCUCCAACAAAAUAGAAUGAAUAAUGAUACUUGAAGGAAGUGACUUCAGCAAGCUUAAUCUUCGACCGCUGAAAACAGACUGAUCAGCAGUAAAGAAUAUUUUUUUCACAGACCUAGAUGGCAAAGAGAGGUUGAGAAGAAAUCGAUCGGGAAGUUGUUUCACCCUAUUCAAAUAUUCAUAAAUAAUUUGACCUGUCAUUCUUUCGAAAAGAAGUUUUCAUUCGUUUGGAAACUUGGUUUUAUUCGCGAUAUUUCAAGAAAAAUAAAGCAUAAUUUAUUCAGAGCGUAGGUGAUGUGGGAGGGUGCAUAGGUGACUACGGAUCAGUUGCAGUCGAACCGUUGCACACGAUGGAUCAACUACAAGAUUAUUAUAAACAGACUAUAUUCUUGUUAUCAGCGAUAGGUCUGUGGCCAUACCAGAAUAAAUACUUCCGAUCGAUAUAUAAUAUCUUCAUCUUCUUCAUUUAUGUUUCGUUCUUGGGUGCUCAGAUAACCGCUAUUAUGAACACAAGACAUACUAUCCUUGAUUUGCUGAGGUAUAUCUUUUACGUAUCAGUGUUUAUGGGUUCGUUACUGAAAUACGCUACACAUUACUUUCAUGCCGACAAAAUUAAACAGCUGAUGGAUGAAGUGAAACGCGACUGGAGUACAGAAAAUGAUGAAAUGCUUGAAAUUAUGAGAAAUUUUGCUAAUUCGGGAAAACGUUACGCCUUCUAUUUCGCGUUGAUGCCUUUUACAAUAGCUUUCGUAGGCAUAGGAUUCGACACGUACAAUUCUAUUUUGGAUGCAGUCGCACCAUUAAAUUAUACUCGUCCGUACGUUAUACCAGCAGUAUACUUCAUUGACGAAAAGAAGUAUCGUUUUUUGAUCCUCAUAUAUCAUUCUUUUAUAUACCUUGUAUGCAUAUAUGCGUUUGUUGGGGCAGAGUCAUUGGUUAUUAUGUGGCUGCAUCAUUUCAGUGCUUUAUAUGUACUCGUCAGCUAUUACAUUUAUCAAUGUGUCAUGGAACAUAUUACUCACAAUUCAAACAGACAUUUAGAUAACAGUAAGAGACUCUUAAUAACAGCUGUAGUUAUUCACAGAAGAGUAAUGAAGUAUUUGGACAUUUUUGAAAAUAUUCUGUCAUUAUCGUACGUGUUUCUUCUUCUAUUAGCUACCAUUAGCCAAAGCAUUAACUUAUUUAUUCUGUCUCAAACCAUUUUUAAAUUAGAGGCAAAUAGCGAUACAGUGGUGUGUUUUGUAGGUGUAUUUACCGAACUGAUAUAUAUUUUUUACAUGACCUACGUGGUGCAACAAUAUGUAAAUAUUUAUGAAAACGUUAGUUUGCAGAUAUACAACACCAAUUGGUACGAGGCUUCUUUGUCUAUGCAAAAAUUCUUGUUGUUCGUUAUGAUGAAAACAUCCGACGAGCGUAUUUUCACCUUAUUCAUCUUCGUUAAACCAACCCUCGAAGGUUUCGUGCAGGUUUUAAAAAUGUGCAUCUCCUAUUUCAUGGUAAUGGCUUCUAUAGAAGGACGACACAAAUAGUAUUGAUGUACCAUUAUUGUACCACGUAAUAGAAAAUUAAUUACUUAAGUAAUUAACGAUAUUUAAGAUAGAAUACACAGAAACGAAUGAGACUUCAUAGUGUAAUGCUUUGGUAGUUGAGGAAUAUUAAAUUAAUCACGAUCUGAAUGAAACGAGUAUUGAAUUAAUUCAGCGGUUAUAAAAAUAUAAUCGAUGGGUGAUAGGGUCUAGCCGUAUAAACACAGUUAAUCCGUCCGAGUAACAAUUGCGGUUGAUAUUUAUCCUACAUAAUGCUUUUUGGUUAAACAACAUUUCUGUGCAAUUUAACCGCCUACCCCCUCUGAUAAGGGAGA